AUGAAAGAGAUAACAAUUAAUCAUGUAUUGAUAUCACCUAAUCAAUCGGAUCUACCAAUAGAAACUAAAUUUACAAUCGAAAUAGAAUUCAAAGUGUUGGAGAAACUCACAGAUUUUAAUAUAAACAUAGAAUACAUUGUGGAUACUGCGUUUCUGAAUCAUAAAGUUGAAAAAGUAAAUUAUGAACAACAAGAGACUAUAAAGAUGGUAAUUGAGUUACCAAAGACUUUUAAAGAUUCUUUGCCCAGUAUUCCAACUCGGAGAUGUUCAUCUUCAAGUGGAUACUACUGCGAAUGCAACAGAGAUCACGACGCAACACGAUCUCAUUGA